AUGACAAUAGUGAUUCUCUCCAGGGGAAACUGCGGCCUUUCUGCUUGCACCACUGCCUACAUGGUGGCCAUGGCAACAGCAGCUCUUCUGAUCAUGAUCUUCAACAUAACUGUACAUCAAAUUUUGAGUUUUCACUUUAAACAUUCCUUCUUCUCCCACACUGUAACUUGUAAGUUUAUUAUCUACAUGAGCUCAGUCAACAUGUACAUGGCAGUGUGGUUCACAGUCUUUUUUACAUUUGAUCGAUAUGUAGCUAUAUGUUGUGAGACACUAAAAACAAAAUAUUGUAAAGUGAAGACAGCAGCUGCAGUUACAAUGACCACCACUACCCUGGUUUGCCUCGCGAACAUGCCCUAUUGGUUUGCAUAUGAACCUGAAAAGGUAAUUGAUCAUUUACAAUGGGGUUGUCGUACCAAGUUGAACUUCUUCACCUCUCCAGCAGGUGAAGCAUUCUCCUGGUUGCAAAGCCUUUUAGUUGUUUGUGUUCCAUUUGCGUUGAUAUUGUUAUGCAAUUGCUUAACAGUAAGACGUAUUUUAGUAGCCAAUAGAGCUCGCAGGGCUUUUCUGGGACGCAGUAAUGAGUGUCAAAGAGACCCAGAAAUGGAGAGUCGAAGGAAUGCCAUAAUUUUACUCUUCACUAUAUCAGGCAGUUUUAUUCUCCUGUGGCUGACUGCAGUUGUGAGCUAUUUAUCUUCAAAGAUAACAAGCACUGCACAUUAUCGAGGUGAUUAUGCAGCUCCUGCCUACAUUGCCACGCAAACUGGUUAUAUGCUCGUGCAUUUGAGUUCGUGUACAAAUGUGUGCAUUUACGCAGCUACACAAAGUAAGUUCAGGCAAGAGCUGAAGAAAGCGUUGACGUCGCCCUGCUCCUGUAUUCUGAUGUCAGUUAAUCGAAAAGAAAAGUGA